AGGAUAUAUGGAGGCGCUAACCACAGGUGUAAGAAUAGAAAAGACAGAAGACAGCAGACAGAAAAAAAGACCGGGGAACUAAGACAAGAUCGAAGAAAGAAAAGAAGAUCGAAGAAAGAAAAGAAGGUCGGAGAAAGAAAAAAAAUCGGAGAAAGAAAAAAAAUCGGAGGAAGAAAAGAAGAUCGGAGAUCAAAGAAAUGAUUGCACAACGAAGCAGAGGAAGAAGGAGCACACCCAGCUGGGCCGGAGAAGGCAGCCGGGCCGGAGAAGGCAGCCAGUGGGCCGCACCGCUCGCAACUGGCCCGCCCCGUCGACACCCAGCCGGGCCGACGCCUGCAUGGCGCCGCGCGGCCCACUGCCCUGUAGCUUAUUUCCUCCAGAGCGUCCUGCCCCGUAGGCCCCGGACAAAGCUUCCCCACCUUCCAUGGCUCCCGCAUCUCCAUUGUUUUCCACCAGUUGCCAGCCCCGGACCCCCGUUUCUUGCAGCACGCCGACACUCUGCCCCGAGCCCGGCGAUCCGAUUGCACAACCAGCGUCGUCCGCAGCGUGCGAUUCUAGCGCGUGGCCCUAACUUUUGGCACGCGGGUCUCCCCACUGUCUGGCGGCCCCAACACCCAGGCCUGCCCUGAGAACAAUAAACACCGGCCAAAAAUACAACCAGCACCGGUCAAAAACACGACCAGCACCGGCAAAACACACAACCAACACCGGC